AUGUCUCCAAUUCCUCGUCCCGACGUGGAAAUGGAUAACCAGUCAUCUGACGUGGGCGACAGCCAGGACUCGCCCAUGCGCCGACAGUUCUCCGAGCCUUUCCGGCCGCAAUCUACUUCCACUCAGAUCUCUCAGUCCCCUGAGCCCUUUGCCCAGCGCGUCAAGUGCGAGGGAUGUGGCAAGCUUCUGGAGUUCCCUGAAGAUGAUUCCAUGACUGAAGACGAUUUGAUCAACUCUCACAUUGCUGCUGAACAUCCCCACUCAAAUGGGAUGAGCUACGACGGUGCCGGCGAUGUGAUAGAUGAAGGCGCUGACGAUGUUGUCGAGGACGGCCUUGAUGAGGCCAUGGAUGAAGGUUUGGAAGAAUCCAACCUUGAAGAACUCGAUGAAGAUGCCGAGUACCCUGACGAGGAAGUGACCAAUGGUAUUGCUCAUCCCGAAGAAGGCGAUCUGAAUGAGCAAGAAGAGCCUAUCGAGACGGCUCCUGUCUCAGCCGCCGGCGACCGAAGUGCUCAGAGUAGCAACUCAGAGAAUGAGGCGACAAAGACCUCGGACACAAACAACAAGACUGCCCAAGCCCCGCAAGGCAAGUACGACCUCAUCGAAUUCCUCUCCAAUCCCAAGAGUGCAUAUCCAGAUGCAUACCGCCAGCGUUUGUCGGAGUGGCAAGAGUCGGAGAUGAAAGAACGUCUCCCAAAGAUCUGGACGGUUCACAAUGUCAACUACUUUUCGCCCACCUACGAGCAGGACGGCGCCAAGUUGGACGAUUCCUGGCAGCAGGUCUUCCGGGAUGCUAAGCUGAAGAAGCGCGACCCUCCUGUUCCCACCACUCGUCCUUCUCCUUACAAAAACACCGAUGUUGAGACUGGCAAGUUCCUUGAUAUCAACUCACCCGAUGAGUUGAUUGAGUUGCUCGAAAAACCUGACAAGCUCUCCCACGAAGAGCUUUACGUGGUCACCGAAACCGCAGCUCAUAUGAUGAAGACCUGGCAAGAAGAGUAUCUUGCCCUCGACAAACUCUACACACUCGCUCACCGCCAUAUCCGUGCUCCCAUCCCAAGUGAGGCGAAGAGAGAUUACUCGACUGGUCACAAGAAGCGAAUUGGUAAUCCGCUCGCUCAGGUGCCUGAAAACAACAUCGACCAUGAGGAAAAGAAGGAGGCCAUGCUGUAUGGCUACAAACACACCUACUUCACCACGAACACCCCCACAAUGGUCAGCCGUGCGUUACAGAAUCCGUUCAUCCAAGGAGGAUUUGUUCCCACGCCCGCGCAAGCUCGAAAGAUGGCAGCCAAGGUUCCUCCCGAGGAACGAAACCCGGAUGGCUGGACCCCCGUCGUGAAGCAUGGCGUGGAACACGUUCCCAAGCUUUGGGAACCCCGAAAGGAGCCCAUGACGAAGGUUACCCGCAAACGUAAGGCCGUGGAAGUCGAUCACAAGAGUGAUUCCGAAGAUACGCAUGACAACACACCCGAUGUCGAUGAGGAUGAAGACGAUUCUCACCCUGCAAAGCGCCGCACCCGAGGUCGCGGUGGCCGACGCGCUACAUUCGAAGCCUACCAACCUGAAACACCUGCUCCGUCCUCUCGUGGCCGCGGUCGCGGUCGUGGCCGAGGCCGAGGCCGAGGUGCUGGUGGCCGUACGGCAACUACUACAACCCGACAGUCCCUCGAUGCAUUUCAAACUCAACCUACUCCCACAUACACUCCUACUUCUACUCGCGGCCGAGGCCGCCGAGGUGCCAGCUCAAUUGUAGCAGCACCUACCCCCCAAGCACCAAAAUCCGCUGCAUCAGAAGAAACAACCUCCCUUGCCGCCGCCUCUCCUAUGCCCGAGCAAACGCCUCCAGCACGUUCCACUCCCACAACGAAGAGGGACCCCAAAGACAUUACCGCCGAAGAACUCGAGGAGCAACGCCGGCAAAAAAUCGCCAACUCCAAGAACCCCAAGCGAACCAAGGCUAUGUUGGACCACUGGGAACGGUUCAACCGCGAAGGCCGCAUCCGAAACCCCAAACGAUCCAAGGCUCAAAUCGAACAAGACCGUCAGAAGGAGGACCAAAAGCCCACAGAGGUUCCGCGCUCCGCUGGCCGUCGCCGUCGAUCCCCUUCUACCGCCCAAAUUCCUCCUGGUAACCUUGCCCCGAAAGUUCCGCACGCCAUGGGCCCUAUGCCCGGUAUGCAGAUGCCGAUGGGCCAGGGCCCCAUUCCCGCUGGUCAUCCGGGACCGACUCUUCCUUCUCUGCAGGCGUUACCUCCUCACCCCGGUGCCCACUAUACCCAACAACACCUGCAGUACAAUGCAUCUCCUGUUGGGCUUGGUCAGCCAAUGCCCUCCAAUGCGCAGUAUGCGCCGUUCCCCUGGGUGCCUUAUGGCACCCCCGGACCCUCCGCGCCCCCUGGGCCCUCUGGACCUCCUCCCGGACCUCAUGGUCCGGCCCCGCCACCUGCACACAUGCCUGGGCACCACCCACCCCAGGAUCACCGACGUUGA